GCUCGCCGCCACCUCCAUUUUGAUGGUAGAGGCAGGAGGAGGUCGGCUCUCAGACGUAGGGUGGUCAGCAGCCAGCUCGUCGGCGCUUGUGGGCUUUGUUCGAUCCUUGCCUCAUCUCUCCCUGGAAAGGGAGGGAGGCCUCGACGUCGAGAGGGAGCCGCCGCAGUCCGAGCUUGAAGUCGCUAGGACUUCUCUCAAACUUGUGUGCUGAGGAGACUCAGAUGUUGGCCUCAGCUCCUAGGCUGAACUCAGCAGAUUGGCCCAUGAAAACUUCUGUAUUGAGACAAAGGAAAGGAUCCCUCAGAAAACAACACCUAUUAUCUUGGGCUUGGCAGCAAGGAAGAGGACAGGUAGUGGAAAUCCUGCAAUCGGAAAAGCAGACUGAAAGGUGACAAAGAAGCUGAAGAUGGGUGGUGGAGAGAGGUAUAACAUUCCAGCCCCUCAGUCUAGAAAUGGUAGUAAGAACCAACAGCAGCUUAAUAGACAGAAGACCAAGGAUCAGAAUUCCCAGAUGAAAAUUGUUCAUAAGAAAAAAGAAAGAGGACAUGGUUAUAACUCAUCAGCAGCUGCAUGGCAGGCCAUGCAAAAUGGGGGGAAGAACAAAAAUUUUCCAAGUAAUCCAAAUUGGAAUGCUAGCUUAUCAAGUCCCACCCUACUUUUUAAGUCUCAAGUUAAUCAGAACUAUGCUGGAGCCAAAUUUAGUGAGCCACCAUCACCAAGUGUUCUUCCUAAACCACCAAGCCACUGGGUUCCUGUGAACUUUAACCCUUCAGACAAGGAAAUAAUGACAUUUCAACUUAAAACCUUACUUAAAGUCCAAGUAUAAAAUAAGAUAUAAAGUACUAAUGUUUAAAUUUAGUUUAUAAUAAAGUUGUCAGUUGGUCUGAAACAAAUUACAGAUUCACUAGGGAGUUAACCAAUUUGUGUAAAACUGCUUAUUAAUGUAUGAAUAUUAAUCAAAUUUCAUCUCAUUUGUUUUACAUAUUGUGUGCACUGUAAUAUAAUGGUGGUUAUCAGUGCAACUUAAAAUAAUUGAACUUGAUAAGUGUUCUCAAUUGAAUAGCUUUUAAGUGAAAACCAAGUUUAUAUUGGGAAUGGUAAAGGAAUCAACUUUUUAUAUUUUUAUUGGGGGAAUAUUGUAAAAGAUUCAUGGAUAAGUAGAUUUACUUGUAGUGAAUCAGAUUAAGCAUCUAGCUGAGACAAGGAUUGAAAACUAGGUGGACAUUUGAAAGUUUAAUGUCCCAGAAAGCCAAACUAGUAACACGCCAACAACAUAAUGCACUGCCAAGAAAGAAUGUGAAUUUUUAAUAGUUGCAUUUUACUAAAUUGCAGUGAUCAAUGUGUAAAGGGCACUUAGGGUUUAUUAGAAUGAGGCACAGUAUGCAGUAUAAGGUGCCCUGUUUCUUAAAUUGCAAUGGAUAGGUGUCUGCCAAUAAAUGCACCCAAACCAUUUUUUAUAGAAAAAGUGUUGAGCACUUGAUAGCGCUAUUACAGAACUGCAAAGCUAUUCUGACAGUGAUCUGGCCUCAUAUCCCUGCAAAGCUUAAAGUGGGGAGUUGUAUAAUGUGAAAGUUCAAAGUACCUAGGGGAGAAGAGCCAUGUAAAUACAUGUAAUAAACUUGUAGCAUAUGUAAAGUCUUCUUGGCCUACAAAAAUAGAAUAUUUUAGUAUGAAUUUGCUGAAUGUAGAAAGACCAUGGACUGUUUUUUUAUACUAUGGCCUAAUUUUAAAGGUCCAGAAUUGUUUUUAAAGUUUCCCCUCAUGCUAAAGUGCCAGUGUAUGUGUCAUAAUUGAUUUGGUUGUAAACUAUAUUACAAAGUAAAUCCUAAUGUAAUUAAGUUUUGUAUUAUAACUAAAAAAGUCUAAGCUGCUAAAAGAUUUCCUACUUUUAGGAGAUGUAAAAUGCAGUACAGGAUUCCUCUACCCUCCAGUCUAUAAACCCAAAGAUUCAUUUUGGCUUUCACCAGUUCUUGUAACCAAUGAUACAAAUCUAAAUUGUAUUUGGUGCCAGUGAGUGGUUUUUUUGUCAUAGUAAGUACAACCCAGGGGACCACUUUUUUAAGAUGUAAUCUCUUGCAUAACACCCCUUUAGGCAUGUUUUUACCAAUCUUAAGGGAAAAUGCUAAAUAUGACAGCCUAAUAGCAAGUUAGAAAAGUACAUGGGCCAAUUAAAGUCCUGAUAAUGCCCUACUUUCUAAUUUUGCAUCUUUGAUGUUAAAACAGGCUAAGUUAUAUUACACUAAAUGAAUUUAGAUGAACUAUUGCCCAAGUCAAAUAUUGAAUAUACUAAAGGCAAAAUUUAUGUAGUACUUAUUGUACGAUAUGAAUUUGAAACAUGAAAUUAAAAAAUAAAAAUUUUCUCCCCA